GCUCACCAGACCCCCAUGUAGAAGUGUCGCGGUAUCGAAUCCCGUCCGGCGCGACAACCUGCAAACUUUCAACUCAAACACAACAUUAAUACACUUCCACACAAAAAGCCCACGGUAGAAUUUCACCAAAUCCCCUUCACUCCGUUGGCGUUUAUUUUCGCGAUGUUUCCUGCAUGCGCCGAGAGCUCAAAGUCGGUGAGCGAGCGCUCUACCAUUUGAGCUAAUUCCCCGGGCUAAAAAGCAGGCUCUACAUUGUAGUGAAAUCUCGAGGACUCUCUUCGGUGGGGCACCAAAGAUUCGAAUGGAACGAUUUGGGCCACGUCAUGGAUGAUGUCACAAAGGGAACGCUGAUAUAAAAAGCGAUGAUUUUUUUUGUUUUAAUUACAGCUGACACGGUGAAGGAGAUCCACGUUAUGGACAACACGGUGAACCAGCCCAAGGUGCACCAUGACAAGUUGAACCAGCAGUGGCGUGCGAUCCUGCGCCAGACUCGAGCGGCAGAGCUGCGUGAAGAUUUCACAAUACUCAGAAAAACUUUUGAGAGAGUUGUGGCCUGCAAGGACAAUGCCAUUAAUUUACUGGUGAGGGAUCUGAACGAAACGGCGCAGCAGUCAAGCGCUCAUCUCCAGCAUAUGGAUCAUCUGCUGAAGGUACAGAAAAGCCGACUGGCAGCACUCGAGUCACACUGGAGCACCAGUCUGAAGGAACUCAGUACUGAGUACAACUCAAAGAGGGACCAGCUUUUGAAGCUGCACCAGCAGGAGAGUGAGUACAUCAAAGCAGAAAGCUUUGCCUUGGGCCAGCGCUAUGCUGAAAUGUCCAGUGAGGCCAAACAGGACUAUCUGAUUGCACGUGAUGACAUCAAAAACCGGCACGCAGUGGACAGCACCUUGCAGGAGUUGCAGCAGUGGUACCUCCGAGAAAUGCAGGCGUGCACAGAAGCCACUGAGGAUCAGAAGAACAAAGCUUUAAAUUUGCACUCUGACAUUGAGAAGAUAAACCUCAAGAGGAGGCAAGUGCAGAAACUGCAGGACACCAUCAAAGCUCCGUCUUCUCAUCAGAGCUCCAGUCAGAGUGAGAACGAGGCAUAUGCAUGUCACCUUCAGGAACAACGUGAGGAACUGACUCAGAAAGUCCAACAGCUCAGAGCUAAGCUCAGCUCUGCCCAGGAAGCUGAAAGAACACGUCUAGUUAAUCAGAUUACAUACAGCAAUAACACAAUUAAAAAACUGCAGGAUGUUAUCGGAGAGGAAGAGAGGUUGUUGCGUAUGGCUGACGUGUGUCGCAAGCUUGAAACUGAGCAGGAGAAGAUGCUUCCCUUUUACAUGUCAUCUUUAAAUGCUGAGGAACUGAGUCAGGAGAAAGCACAUUCUAUGGAGGCGAUGUCUAAAGAGUUGGCACAGACAAUGGUUGAUUACCGAGAUCUGGAAAAGUUCUGGCAACGUUAUAACAAGAUUCUACUGGAACGUUUGUGCUUAGAACGGGAGAAGGUGGUUCUAGGAAGGGAGAACCAGCAGCUGAGGAUUCUACUCAAGCAGUACCUGGACAGAAUCUCUGUUAGUGAUGAGAUCCUACAGCAGCAGAACUCGCUGCUUAUGUUGUCCUGUGCACCACAACUAGUCUCUCCAGCUUCAAAACCUCAGACAUGCAGAACAGUCAUUGAAGCAGCUCAUGUAGUGCAGCACACGCUGUAGAAGGUAUGGCCUACGAUCAUCUGACAUUGCCUAUUUAGGAUGAUACUUUAGAUUUUAUGCGAGAUUGUUACAGAAGAUGAUGCUAGAGAAAGCUGCAACAACUAUCACACAAUCUGCUGAAAAAUAUUUUUUACUGAUUACAAAAACAUAAAGAUCAUUCCAAUGAUACAGUGAUGGCUCUGAUUGAAUUCUGUGUGUGCCAAUGAUAUAGUCACUAAUAACAAUUUAUACAAGGACUUCUAUGGUGUGUGAGCUACAUAAUCUAAUCAUAAACAGAUAAACAUGUUUAAAUUAAACAAAGUAGAAUGUAUAAUUGCUGAUAUGGUGAAGUUUUUUUGUGAUGAGAUUUCUGUUUAUUAAAACGCUUAUGGAAGGAGUCUCCAGUAUUAACACUUUACAACAAUCACUGAGUUUUAAGCCAUGGGAAAGUCUUCAGGACAGAGGAGUUUGCACUCAAUAAUAAAAUUUAAUAAUAAUAAUAAUAAUAAUAAUAAUAGUUACAUUUUUUAUCACACCUUUCGCAAACACAAGGACACUUUACAGAGUAGGGUGAAGAAAAAAAACAAACAAAACCCAGCCUUCUGUUUGGACUUCUGCUUCCACUGAGGGAAUGCUGUCUGCAUUCAGCUGCCGAUAUUCAUGGUUUUUAUUUUGUUUUGAUUUUUGGAUGUUUCCUAUUUUUGAAAAUGUUUAUCUGCCACUGCCUGCUGCUAUUUCUCAUCUGUUGGAUGUUUACAGUUUUUCGAGACUUUUAUUUGCUACUGUCUGCUGCUGUAAUGCUA